CAUCUCUGUUCAAUGUUCGGUAAAUAACAAGGAUGGAGUAAUAACUGGGCGGGAUAACGUUUCUGAACGCAGCCAAGUUAAAGAGGCCCUAAGAAUCGAUCUACAAAACCGAAAAUCGAAGGUAAAAGAAUCGAUUUUCUAAAAAAAUCAAUCUUGAAUCAAAGAUCGAACAUCCCUACUUUGGUUGGUCCAUACAUGAUGGAAUCAGAUUCCACACAUCAUGGGUACAUACUGUAUGAUACGUAUUUCAAUACCAGUAUUGGUUGACUAGACGGUUAAAUUUUAUUGUAUUAUAUUACAUUAUACUGCGUGUGUUGUGUGUGUGCUUAUAUUUUAUCUUAUACAUAACUACGAUCAUUUGUUCCUGUUUAUGUAUAGAGAGUCAAAGGCUGUUUCAAUAUGAUUCAUAAAGGACUACGUCCGUUAGUACUCUGUGGUCCGUCGGGCACUGGAAAAAGUACUCUGAUAAAGCGAUUGUUUGAUGAAUUUCCCAAUACCUUCAAAUUUUCGGUGUCUCAUACAACUAGAAUGCCACGGCCUGGUGAAGAGGAUGGGGUUCACUAUCAUUUCACAAACAAAGAAAAAAUGCAAGAACAAAUAGAAAAUGGGGAGUUUAUUGAAACUGCUGUAUUUAGCGGGAAUCUAUAUGGAACGAGCAAACAAGCGGUUGAAGAUGUACAAAGUUUAGGAAAGAUAUGCGUGUUAGAUAUUGACAUACAAGGUGUAAAACAAAUAAAACGCAUCGAUCUGAAUCCCUUUUACAUAUUUAUAAAACCACCAUCUAUUACGGAAUUGGAGCAACGAUUAAAGGGUAGAAACACAGAAACUGAAGAAUCUUUGAAACGUAGAUUAUUGAUUGCCAAAUCUGAAUUAGAAUAUGGUGAAACACCUGGUAAUUUUGACGUUGUCAUAGAAAAUGAUAAUUUGGAAGAAGCAUAUCAGAUUUUACGCAAUUUUGUGGUAUCCAAUUAUAAUCCACAUUGCCAUACAGACGAGACAACAAGCUAAUAGUUGAGAAUUGAAAUCUAAUGGAUCCAUGGAUGAGACUCAUAUCUGGACACGAAUAACGAAUUGUUUCCGAUGACAUUUUCGCAAAUUACUAUUUCGGACGUAUCUGAUAAAUAUGUAAUUAAAAGAGAUUGCCAUUCUUAUAGCAUAUUCCACACUUUUGCAUUAAGCCCGAUCUGAUUUUAAAACAAGCAAGUGCUAGAAAUAUCUGGUGGAUGAAAGAUAGAAGAAAUAUCUUAUUCCCCUAAUUAAUAUAUAAACGUAUAGUAGCUGAUUUUUUUAUCAAAUAAGAAAUCCAUUUUUUAAUAGGGAUGUGAAGAGUUUUUUCGCACUAAGAUAAGAGUUUUAGCUUAAUGUUCAAGAAGUAAUUCACAGAAAUAAAACGUAAAAUUGUAGAUGUAGAUAACUGAGACUAUUCACCAAAAAAGGUUGUGUUCCAGUAGAGUAGACUAUGUGUAAAGUACUUGCGGUUUCAUCUUUGUAUUUAUCUUCAUGAUCAAUAUAGAAGCAUCGGAAUGUAAUUACUUCUGGUUUACAUUACGAUAUAUUGGAUUUCAUACAAGCAUCUCAACUACGUAGAAUUAAGAUUAUAAAAAGAAUUCGGUAAACAUUCCUAUAAUAUUUUUAUGAUAGAUAAAUGAUAAGAUUGUGCAGAAAACAUCUAAAAUUUGAUACGUCCACGCUUGUUUCCAUUGUGCAUACAAUUCGAAGCCUGUAAUUAUUUCUUAGCUGGAUGAAAAAUUGAUAAGAUCAUAUAUAAAAUAUAUAUUUAUCGAGUAAUCUAUAUGAUUAAUCUA